AUGGCCGCAUCAAAUCCCUGCACGCUGACUGAGGUCGCCUCAGACGCCGACUUCGCCAACUACACCAACAACCUCCCUGAGUCGAGCACACUGCUCAUCUACUUCCAUGCUCCAUGGGCCGAGCCAUGCAAGCAGAUGUCCACCGUCCUGUCUACUCUCGCCUCCACAUACACCGCCACUUCGCCGCCAUCCAUCUCCUUCCUGGCUCUCGACGCCGAAGAACUUAGCGAUGUCAGCGAGCACUACGACGUCACCCAAGUUCCCUACAUUGUCAUCCAGAAGGCCGGCAAGGUCCUCGAGACCAUCUCUGGUGGAGAUGCCUCUCGCGUGCGCGCUGCAGUAGAGAAGCACGUCGGUUCUGGCAGUGGCAACGCUGGUGGUGCAGGCUUGCCUCCAGCACAGCUCGUCAACAAGCCCGAAGGAGCCAACGCAAAGAACCUGGCCUCUUAUGCACCUUCAGCGAACGACCAAACUACCGCUCCCGAGUUUUCGGCUUCUGAAGCCAACCCUGAGACGAGCAAGGAGGAGUUGAACAACAGACUCGGCGAGCUGGUCAAGGCCGCUCCCGUCAUGCUCUUCAUGAAGGGCACUCCCUCGGCACCACAGUGUGGUUUCUCGCGCCAAACCGUCAGCCUUCUUAGAGAAAAGGGCGUUCGUUAUGGCUUCUUCAACAUCUUGGCCGACGACGAUGUGAGACAGGGUCUCAAGGAGUUUGCAGACUGGCCUACCUUCCCUCAAGUUUGGGUUGGUGGCGAGUUGGUUGGUGGUCUUGAUAUCGUAAGUGUAAUCGCUGAUGUUUUUGUGUCUUUUCCAUUUUCACUGACUUUAUUCUUCACAGNNCUCAAGGAGGAAUUCGAGAACGACCCAGACUUCUUGAACGACUACUCGGUCAGCGGCAAGAAGGGUGGUCCUGCUGCUUAG